UUUGUGCCCCAAGUAUAAUGGAGAAUGAUAUGUUCGGUGUUCCACGGGCAAUGGUGAGUCGAAAUUCCGUUGUUAUCGAUUUGAUCCCGUCGGAGAUGGUCUCUAAUAAUUCAAUAGUCAAGUCCAACUUGAUUAACCAGAUCAACCAAAACCAGACACUAGCUGGAUUUCCUGUGCAACCCUCGAUGCUAGGGGAGUUUAGUGGUGAUCUAGGUGCUGAUAACCGUCUGAAUCAUGUCCGGUUCUUUGACCCUAAUGCAUCGGUUGCAAGGAAGGUUGCGAGUGUUGCUUCGGGUUCGGAACAUAACAUUGAGUGUGGUCUUCAAGAAAGCUUAAACGAGUUAGCGAACGUGCCGCCUUUGAUAUACCCUCAGGAUUUAAGGACCUACUCUUCAACUGAAUGCUCUGAUGGCAUGAAUUCUACAAUGGUGGCUCCAGUAAAUAGUGUGUUUAAUGAAGUGUUUGGUAGUAUGGAAAAUAAAUGGAAUUGUACCCCAUCAAAGACAGCAUUUCAACCUUAUUCUUUGAUAGGAUGUCCGGAUCCGAACAGUUGGGUAGCGUUGAAUGGUGCGAAUAUGAGCCUGGAUUUUCCCUGUGGUUCCUCGAAAAAUUGUAAUGAGCUAUCUUUAAGUAUUGCAACUUCACUUCCUGGUGUAAUCAGUGGGAACAACAUACCUGAUCAGUCCUCUGAAAAAAACUGUUGCUUGAAUGCAACAAGUUUAGGCUCAAAACAAACUUCUUGCAAUGCUAAGGAGCUUUCUCUGAGUUUCGGUUCCGACGGACCGGUUCAAGUAUCGCAUUUGAUAUCAGGAUCGAGAUAUCUUCAUGCUGUUCAAGAAAUACUUGCUCAAAUUGCAAAUUAUUCUCUUGAAAAUCUAGAGCAGAUGAGUGUCGGAGCCAGAGCUUCUACGGCAUUCUCCUCUAGCUGUCUUGCCAGAAGAUGGAUGGCUAUGAUUGAUUCGAAUGAUCUCCCUGAUGUUAAUGGUAACUCCGAGGUACCUUCAGAGGCAAAAAAAUCCCAACUGCUGACUUUGCUCCAAGCGGUCGAUGACAGAUACAGUCAAUGCUUGGAUGAGAUCCAUACGGUUAUAUCUGCGUUCCAUGCCGCGAGCGAGUUGGACCCUCGAGUGCAUGCUAGUUUUGCUCUACAUACCAUCUCUUUCUUAUACAAGAACCUUAGGGAGAGGAUCAGCAACCAAAUCCUAGCCAUGGGAGCAAAUUUCGACAGCGGAUGCACGAGAAGUAGCAAUGACUCAUUUCAGAAUUCAUUCACCCUGGAGCAAUUGGCCCUUCAGCAGCUGAAAAAGGAUCAAAUAUGGAGACCGCAGAGAGGAUUGCCGGAGAAGUCUGUCUCGGUUUUACGUGCAUGGAUGUUUCAGAACUUCCUUCAUCCGUACCCCAAGGAUGCAGAGAAACAUUUACUUGCAAUAAGAAGUGGCUUAACAAGGAGCCAGGUCUCUAAUUGGUUCAUAAAUGCUCGUGUUCGUCUAUGGAAGCCAAUGAUAGAGGAAAUGUAUUUGGAGAUGAACAAGAGAAAAGCGCAACAAAACGAGGAAGGAACCAACAGCAGCAACCCCCGGAGCCAGAUAAACAUCAACCAUCAAAGGUUUAACAUAAACUAAAAGCACAAGAAAAUCGAUUGG